UUGCAUGCUCAGAAAAAAAGAGUUCAGCUGACGUUCAUAUCUCUGACUGAGCCGGCGUAGCCACGUGAGCGUACAAAACUGGUUCCAUCAGAUGACCUGUCACAGGAAGAGGCUAAGAUGGAAAGCCGGUGAAAGGGAAAAAGAGGAAGAGAAAUCGCUGGCAGGAGUCGGAUUGGGCCACAAUGUCCACCCGACGGUUGCGCAGUGAAGAGUACAAUGACUACAGCUCAACAGAGGUGACUCCUGAUGGUAGCCCUCCAGAGGGCUUAAGCAACUUUUCCAGCCCAUCAUCCUAUCAACGGUUUGGAGAGGCAAAUGGGACAACGUGGCUUCAAACCUUGAUACACCUAUUGAAAGGGAACAUAGGCACAGGCCUGCUGGGACUCCCAUUAGCCAUAAAAAAUGCUGGCAUUGUGAUGGGUCCUAUCAGCUUGCUUGUGAUUGGAGUAAUUGCAGUGCACUGUAUGCAUAUCCUGGUUAAGUGUGCCCACCACUUCUGCAACAAGCAUCAGAAACCAUUUGUAGAUUAUGGAGAUGCUGUGAUGCAUGGACUGGAAGCUAGCCCCAGUGCAUGGCUUAGGAUUCAUUCCGUCUGGGGAAGAUAUUUGGUGGUCUUGUUCUUGAUUAUCACUCAGCUGGGGUUCUGCUGUGUAUAUUUUGUAUUCCUCGCUGACAAUCUGAAACAGGUGAUAUCUGCUGCCAACGGUACAACCAACGACUGCAGUGCCAAUGAAACUGCCCUGCUAGCUCCAACCAUGAGCUCCCAGUUAUACAUCCUGUCCUUGUUGCCAUUCAUGAUACUGCUCGUCUUUAUCCAGAAUCUCAAGUUACUUUCCAUUUUCUCCAUGCUGGCCAAUAUUCUCAUGUUUUGCAGCCUGAUAAUGAUAUAUCAGUACAUUGUCAGGGGCAUUCCAGAUCCUUCCAAUCUGCCUCUGGUGUCCCAGUGGAAGACCUAUCCUCUGUUUUUUGGCACGGCUAUCUUUGCUUUCGAAGGCAUUGGAGUGGUGCUUCCUCUGGAAAACAAGAUGAAGACCCCUAAGCACUUCCCCAUCAUCCUUUAUGUGGGGAUGGCAGUUGUCAGCGUCCUCUACCUCAGCCUUGGAACCCUGGGAUACUUGCGCUUUGGAGCCAACAUCCAGGCCAGCAUAACUCUCAAUCUGCCUAACUGUUGGUUGUAUCAGUCUGUCAAGCUUCUGUACUCCAUUGGGAUCUUCUUCACUUAUGCCCUCCAGUUCUACGUCCCUGCAGAAAUCAUAAUUCCUACGGCCCUUGCCCAGGUCCCUGAACGCUGGGCGUUAUGGUGCAAUCUGCUGCUGAGGGCAUCCCUGGUCUGCGUAACAUGUCUGCUAGCAAUCCUGAUUCCUCGGUUGGACAUUGUCAUUGCUCUGGUGGGCUCAGUGAGCAGCAGUGCCCUUGCCCUGAUCAUCCCACCCCUUCUGGAGAUUUCCACCUACUACUCUCAAGGCAUGCAUCCACUCACCAUUGCCAAAGAUAUCCUGAUCAGUUUCAUAGGUUUUACUGGAUUUGUGGUGGGGACCUACGAGUCUCUCUUUGAACUCAUCGUACCAACUGUUCCCACUGUUUCGAAUGCCACCAGUAUCUUACACUGACAGGUUAACCUAUCCACAGCUUUUAUUUCUGCGUUGCUAUAGAAUUUUUCAGCAGUUUGGCUGGAUCCUGAUUUCUUUAGUAGCAACGGCAGUGACUUGUUACUACUUCUUGCUUCAUAAACAUAUUUAUUUUGCAGGUAUAAAGGCAAGGCAACAGUGGAAAAGACAAGAUUUGGAUCUUUUAUUCUUCUGUGUACCUUUGUGUACAAAUUGGGGGUUGGUUUUAAGAGCCUUCACUGUACAAUGAUUAGCCUUUGACUAGAGUGGAAUACUGUUGUGUGCUCCACUCUGAUUUUCUCAAUUAGAAAGACACUAAAUGGUCUGCAAGGAUCUCGGUUUACACAGUCUCUGGAAUCUAGAGAAUUAAGAAGCCUAGUAUUGUCAAAAGGUGUUCUUAUGAAGCUCUUUAAACAUCAUGUUACCAGCCCUUGGGAGGAGAACCCAAGGAUCAAGGGCAUGGCCUGAAGGCACAAAAGGCCAACCUCUUGCUGAAAUGAAGCAGGUUUGUGCCUGGUCAGUAGAUGGGUGACCACCUGGAAGCCACACGUAUGCCACCUUGGGUUCCAUGACAGAAGAAAGGUGGGAUAUUAAUAUAAGAUUUAAAGCAAAAAACAAAAAAGCCCUCCACCACUUCUUUGUUGCAAUUUUGAAGCGCUUCUCUUUGACAGCGUAGAGAUUGCAUCAAGCUUUAACUGUAUUUCCUUGUGUAAAUUCCUCCAUGUUUAAUGGGAAAUGGCAGGAUUAAGCACAGGAUAGGGGAAGAGACAAAUGGAAGUCUGCUAGCAGUUCUUAAAAUGGAUGCCAUAGACUGAACAAGUUAGUUUUGUUCCCUCCUUACUUUCUGCCAUGCCUCUUCUCCACCUUUGGGUGCAUAUGGCAAUAACAAUGGUGUCAUAGGUAGGCUCAAGCUCAAUAGAGUAUGAUGCAUAAUAUUUGGGCACGUUCAAAUGGUCUGUAUGCAAAAGAUGGUGGUGUUUCUCACCAGUUCUCCAUGACAGAGUUGAUAUCAAGCAUACUAGGAGAAAGGUUCAUGUACGAGUUGGGCACAGGAUAUGGAGAUAGUUUUGAAGAGAGAGGUAAUUUUAAUUAUGGGAGAUGGUCAGUUGUAGGAUGCAAACCACCCUUUCCUUGUGAGUUUUGCAAUGGAGCAUUUGCUAAAGUUAAGGGGGGUGGGAGAAGCAAUGACCAGACAAAAUAUGUACAAAUCAAAGUAGUUGAACCUGUACCCAAGUAUUGUGUCAUAAUCCAAUGGAAACCUAACUCUGCAUGCAAUAAGGAUGUUUUACAUGAGAAACAGCAAACACACCCGUAUAUAUAGAGAUGUAUAAAGAUUUUGUGUGUCUCUUGUGGCUCAUGUCAGAUUAUUGGGAGCCUGCUGGCAAAUGUGGUUUUGUUGAAAUUAAUCUGUGCCAUCUUCACAUAAGUACAUUUUUAACUAUACCUAUUGGUUAAAAUGUCCUAAGGUAAAAGGCCCUGAAAAGCUAACCAAUCAAAGACAUGAAGAAAUAAAUAAGUUGCAUAUGUACAUGGAGAUGCUUAUUUUUAAAGAACCUUACUCAGAAUGAGAGGAGAGGGCUUUUUUUGUGAAGCAAAAAGAAGCAAGGCUGCAAGGAAAGGCUGCUUUUCCCCUUCCUUCCUGGCAGCCAGCCUGCCUCCCUGGGGGGAGGGGGUCACAAAAAGUUUUAAGCUUAUAAAGGGGCCCCCGUACUCAUAAAGGUUGGGAACCACUGAUACAGAUUUCAUAGUUGCAUUGUUCCCAUAAUUAGCCUGAGAUAAAAAGCAAAAUUUAAUGUGCCAGCUUGCUUUGCCUUUUUAGUCUAAAAUAUAAAUUUUCCAUGCUGAUACCAUAAAAUAACCAUAAAAUAACCAUAAAAUAACUCUUAGAGUGCAGUCUUAAGCAUGUCUGUAUUCAGAAGCAACUCCCACUAAGUUCAGCAGGACUUAACUUGCAAGUAUGUUUGCAUUGGACUGCGAGCCGGUAUGGUAUAGCGGUUAGAAUGUUGGACUAAGACCUGAGAGAUCAAGGUUCAAAUCCCCACUUAGCCAUGAAGUUUGCUGGGUAACCUUGGGCCAGCCACAGUCUCUCAGCCUAAUCUACCUCACAGGGUGAUUGUGAAGAUAAAAUAGAGAGGAGAAUCUUAUGUGCCACCUUGAGCUCCUUUGGAGGAAAGGUGGGAUAUAAAUAUAAUAAUAAUAUAAUACUAGGACUGCACACUUAGCAUUUUAACAAGGCCCAUUUAAAACCUUAUAAUGAAAAUGCACCAAGUUCCUUCUAUGUUUUUGCUCAGAAGAAUAUUUUGCUUGUUAUGGCAUUAAUUUAUCAAGUAUCUCAUAUCACUUUUUCCAGUAGCUGAAGUCCUUGGACAUAUAGCUUGCAUUGCAGUGUCUUGUACUUUUAUUCAAUUAGCCAAGGUUUCUGAACUACUGACUUAGGUCACAAUCCUAUACUCAUUUCCCUGGGAGUAACCCCCCCUGAAUUUAACGGGACUUGCUUCUUAGUAAAUAUGUGUAGAAUUGCACUGCUAAUUUCUCAGCUAAACAAAUGAAAAUAUGCAGAUGGCAGCUGGAGACUUAGAACAAAAAACAACAUGGCUGCCUUUACAGAAGUGUAAAAGCCCAAUUUCAGACCUCCCAUAAUCACACCAUGGAAUUAAGAGUGAGAGAUUUCAUAAGUAUCAGAGAUAGCACUUCAAACAUAGUACUUUAAAAUUCAUUAAAAGUUUCUGUAAUGGAUAACUUGACUCAAGUGUGUAAGUAAUAAUGUUGCUCAUAUUUCCUUCUUAAAAACUUUCCUUUAAAAACAUUCUGGCUUUAAAUAUGUAAUGAUGAGGCUUUAUCUGCUACUCUCCAAUGUACUCUAUCAGUUUUAAUACCAUUCUCAGAGAAAUAUCGGAUGGCUUUCUAUAUCCCUUCUCAUUCUCAUAACACCGCUCUGAAUAUAUCCUUUCCUCUGAGGUGGAGCUCAACUUUGCACUGGGAAAAUAUUCCUCUUCCUACAUGGUGAGGAAAGCAGGAGUUCAGUUUACAGUAAUAGGAGAAAAACUGGACAAAUUCAAUAUACUGUCAUGAUACUUAAUGCUGAAACAGUAAUAAAAAUUACUUCUGUUUCACCAACUGAGUCCAGAAGACCAGCAUGAGCAUUCACAGAGCAGAGCCCCGAUGUGUCAUUUGGUUGAAAUGUAGGUCCUAGAAUGCUGGCACAAGAUUUUUAGAUUAUAUUUUUAGAUUGUAGAUAGAACACUCACAUAGCUUUAAGCCAGAAUUACAGUAGACAAAAUUAAAUUGCUUUAAGCAGUAACUUCACAUUAGUAACUUCUUUUUUAUGGGAUAGUAUUUAAACAGACUAUUCCUUCAAGACUGUUUCUCAUAAGUUGCCAAUCAAUUUGCCAGGAUCAGUGCUUACACUUGUAAGGUCUCUCACUACUCUUGUAUUUUGAGUUUUUAUGGGAUUAGUAUCUGUAUGAAGGUUAUCAACUGUUUGUUGUGGGGUAACAUUGUAAAGGAAAGCAGUGGAUGCAGAAACCCACAGAACAACUGGACUUAAAACAUGAAACAAUUAGAGAACCUAUUUUGCCUUCAUUUAGCUAUGGAGUUCAUCCAACUUCUCAUUUGAGUGCCAUAAAAUUUGCUUGCAUGUCCUCUUAAAAAUAACCUACUGAAAGAAAAUUAUUUUUGCACUGUUAAGGUCAGAAUACUACUCUCUAUUUCCUCUUUGUAUGACAAAGACUCAUCAUUGUCAGCUUUCAUUACUCCUAGAAUGCCCCGUGUUGAUAAUAGCUAUUAUACAUUCAAUGUAUCACUGCAGUUAGAAACAAAUGAAAGCUUGUCCAUAGUUGUCUUAAUCUGCCAUUGUACUGGUACUGUAAUAACUUUUAUUCUAACACUAGUUGAGAUACUCCUUUCAGUGAAAAUAAUGGUUCCGUCUGACUCCCAGAUAAAUAAGCUGCUUUAACAUCCAUGAAUCUUUGAGGGGGGAGGAGAGCCACAAGUAUAGUAUCAAUAUCUGGAUUACUGCUAAUUAUAUGUGUUGUUUGGGUGAGUGCAAAUGAACAUCUGUGUAAUCUUGCUAAUGCUGUCAGGUAUGUGGUGGCCUUCGGGAGGUAUGAGGGUUAUGAAUUAUAUCUGUUUUCCUUACUGUUCAAGGUACCAUACACAUGAACUGAGGCCUAACUGUAUCCUGCAUAGAACACAGAUAAUAAGCAACUUUAUAGAGAGGCUGAAUUGAAUAUUUUUGUUCUGUUAAACAUUUCCAGCAGCUUGUCAUUAAAUCCAGAAAAGGAUUUCCAUUUGCCAGUUUCUAGGCAAUUACUAUCUGGUUAAUUUCAAAAUAGUUUCUUUGUCUAAGUGAGACAAUAGCCUGAUGUUACAAAUACUGAUUCUCUCCAUGAGAGUCAUCUAUAUUGCAUCUAUUUUGACUUUGAAAAUGGAUUAAAAGGGCAUUUCAAUCCUAAACCAAAUGUAUGCUUUGAUUUUAAUUUAUUUUUUAAAAAAGACAAUAACAGUGACCACAAUUGUGAAGAAGAUGCAGGCAGAAUCAAAAUGCAACUUGGAUCUUCCCUGAAACUUCUAUGGGAGGAGGAUUGCUGACCAGGGUCCCUGUUAAGUGGCUCCUAGCAUAAGCCUCAAACUGCUAGUAUUCAGUACUGUACACUGACACACACAAAAUAGUUGCCAGAUUGAAAAAAACAUAGCAUUUAUCUGCCUUCCCAUAGAGGGCUAUGGGAAAGCCUUGUUGUAUGUGCAGAUCCAGUCUUUGGGAUGGAGGUUACUCUGGAUUUGCAGCUUUGGGCCUUUGCCUGUGAGUAGCUAGAAGGGAAUAUGGGGAUGUCAGUGCUCCUUUUAAGGAGCUUUGUGUGCUGUGUCUCAUAUUUUUAUAAUAUAGGGCAGAAUCAAACAAACCAAUUUUAGGCUAAGUUAAACUUGGGGGUAUGCUGAUGUUUAACAAAAGUGAUCAAGCAGAGGAAAAUGCAUAUGAUUAUCCACAAAAUGAUUUAUAAGAUGAGGUGACUUAGACAGGCAAUGGUUGGGUGUGAAUUUGUGCGCACAUGCAUAUAGAGUCAUUGGUGUAUUUAUUUGUGCCUAAAUGUGCCAGUUGCAAGCAAAUAUUUUGUUUGCUGCUACUGCGCAAAGCCAGUGCAAAUACUCAGAUGUGUGUGUUGUAAUGGUGCUGUACUUUAAUUGUGUACUUUACUGGAUAUUUUAUUCAAUAAAGUCUAUUUUUUACUUUAUUAGUGUUCCACAGUGACUUUGAAAUGUUUUUGGAUUGCUUGUAUAUGGCUUUUAAUGUCUAACUUCCUCAUUCUAGUUAUUUAGCCCUCAGUGAGCGAGGACCGUGCAAAUUUAAAGAACUAGGUUGAUCUUCAGUAUGAAACUUGAUGAGAUCCCGCCCAGUCUUGUGUGUUCCAGUUGUUCGGAUUUGAUUUUCCUGUAUUUUAAUUAUUGUGCUUUUCGUUCUGUAAGGUUCCCUGGGAAUUUCUAUUGAAAAUUUUGUAUAUAGAAAUAGAAUUUUAAAAAUGAAUAACAAUAAUGUGGUGAGGUAUGAUUUGUCAAGGUGGGAUCUUGAUUACAAACCUGGUUCUAAUGAAGAAAAAUAAACUAAAGCUAUCUAGUC